CUCGGCUCACUCUCGACUAUUGCCAUUGCGCUUCACGGCCUGAUACCGGGCCGCGCGACCGUCGGGGAGGCGCGCGGCGGCUGGCCUGCCCUGUCGCCAAAUGCCACAGGCGGACCGCUUGGCGAAAACACGCGUAGUUUUUUGAGAGAAAAACACUGACACCUGGAGCAACUCGACCGCCACACUGACACCUGGAACAACUCGACCGCCGCACGAGCGUGAAAAUGGUCCGCCGCCACAGCCUGCCGCCGCAUGCCCUGAAACGGCAGAAUAGCAGGUUCAAAAUCGGCGCGGGGGUCGCCGCGGCCGCGGGCGCCGGCGCCGCGCUCCUCGCCGUCGGCCUCUGCCUGCGCCUGACGCCGCCGCCCGCCGUGCCCGCGCCGACGCCCGCGCGCGUCGAGCAGCCCUGGGAAGUGGUCGACCGGCAGGAGCGCCUCGGGAGCGCCUGGCCGUCGUACGGGACGGAGGUCACGCUCGUCCGCGGCAAGAAGAACCAGAAUUCGAGGAGAAAGGCCCAAUUAACGAUCGCGCACCGCGAGCCCAUGACGGGCAUCAUAAAAAAAUUCCUCACGCCCCAGGAGGUCGCCGACGUGAGAAAGGGCAUGAAGCAGCCUUUUCAAGCGUAUGCAGAAUUAGAAGCAAGGGGCCCGGCGCACGGCGACGCGGCCUUUCCCCUGAAAAACUUUCUCAUCCAACGCAACGAGACGCGCCAGAGUCCUGUGUUGCACGCGAUCAAUGACAAUGCAAUCAAUGCAAUGCCAAUGCCAAUGCACUAAAAUUCCCGUCCCCCUAGCCGUACUGACUAAAUAUCUCUCGUUAUA